CAAUUUCUGUUAUGUGUAGUUCAUUUGUGCAUUAGGGUUAGAGAUGUAAAAACACUUUCCAAGGUUAGUGUUCGGCAUAAAGGUUAGUGUGGUUAGGGUUAGGACAAGGGUGCGAGCAAGGCUUUGGAUUGCAAGUAUGCCCAAGGCUCCUCAGCAGUACCACCUCAUCAACAGUUACCUGACCUGGUAUGAGGCUCAGGCGUUCUGCAGGGUGAAGUACACCGACCUCGCCACCAUCGACAACAUGAAUGACAACAGCCAGCUGGUGGAGGCGUUGGGCGGUCAUGUGCCUUACAGCUGGAUCGGGCUUCACAAGGCUUCAACUCGCAGGUGGAUGUGGUCUGAUGGCAGAGGUGAACCGCAGUUCCGCAAGUGGCUUGAGGGUGAACCUUCGGGCCAUGAGUGGUGUGCGGAGUUGUCUGAGAAAGGCGAGUGGAAUGAUCUAUCGUGUGGAGAGGCGAAAGGCUACGUGUGUUAUGGAGGUGGCCAAAACAAGUAUGUGUAUCACUCUACAGCAAAAAACUGGUUCAACAGCCAACAGCAUUGCAGGAGUGUGCACACCGACAUGGCCUACAUCAACAGCGACCAGGAUAACUCAGACGUCGUUAACUUAUUCAAAACAUGGCAUGGUGGUCUCGUUCUGGAAAAGAAAGUGUGGAUUGGUCUGUUCAACGAUGCCUGGAUGUGGUCUGAUGGAGGAAAAAACUCCUUCAGGAAUUGGCUGAACAACAAGGAGUAUCGGGAUAACUGUGCUGCAGUUUCAUCGUCGUAUCAGGGACGCUGGGUUGAUACACCGUGCAACCAGAAGAAUACGUUUGUCUGCCAGGGUGGUCUCAAAGUGAAGAAGAUGGUGAUGAGGAUGAUGGUGCGAUCUGAUGUGAAUCUCACAGACUCCGUAAAUAGUGACGCACUCCUGAAACAGUUUGAGACCAGACUGAAACUUCAACACCUGACUGACUUCACUUUAAGCUGGAGACGUGGCAAAGAUGGACUCAUCUUUCAACGUCAUGAAGAGUUGGAGGCCAAAGUAGAGACAGGAUGCUAACCAUCAAGCAGAGGUGCCCCAGUCUGUUUCCACACAACGACUGGAGUUGAAUUAUUCUGUUAGCUCCAUGUAACUCUGUAUUUAGCUGAACUGGAUACAUAUUUAAACUGCUAUUUCUUAAGUGCUGAAUUAUAAGAACAGAUAAAUGUAUAUUCUUUAAAAUGUACUGUUGUUUUAGAACACCAUGCUUUACGUAGGUUAGUGAAUAAGCAGUCUACACAAGGUUAUGUACAGUAAGACUUCUUAAACCCUCACAUAUUGAGGUGUUUUAUUUUAAGCAUUGGGCAACUUCUUCAGUGUUUUGUUGUCCGUCUCCAAACUUUAUUUUAACAUGUCGCUGACGUUAAAUUUAAAAUUAGCAUGCAAUUCUUAUGAAGCAAUAAAACUCUUCAGUUUCAA